CACAAGUGAGAAAGAGAGAAAGAGGAAGGGGAGAGCAUGGGAGACGCAAUUGUAGAGCAACACACUGACGCACUGAGAGUGUGAACGGCAGAAAGAGAAAGAGAGAAAGAAAGAGACAGAGGGAGAGUGAAACUGUGAGUAAAGCUAGAAUGAAGCUGAGCCACCGGCAGCAGGGAAGACUGAAGAUUUGAUUUUCUGGGAAAUAGGAGAGGACAUAUAAAAAGAGAGCAGGAGAGAAGACGCACACUCUCUCACUGAGAGAGCAGCAGCUGAAGAAGAGAGCUACAGUGCCAGCCCCUCACACACAGACAGACGCACAACUCUCUUUAUACCUCUGCUACUAACUUUGUCUCGGUGUCACCAACAUCUCAUAGACGGUAGGCACACGGGAGCAGACUUCUUCCCCCGUUACUUCUCUUUAAUGAUGAUGAUCCCUUGGCUGGUUCUGUUCUCUUGGAUGGCUGGACUUGGGGCCAGUGCAGUGUUCACCCAGCAGCCCACAGACCUGGUGGUGGUGGCAGGUCAGCCGGUGACCCUGCCCUGCUCCAUCCCUGGUUACCACGGCAUGGUGCUCUGGCUCAGAGACGGCAUGGCCCUUGGGGUCAACAGGGACCUCUCAGGCUACCCACGCUAUGACAUUGUGGGAGACCACAGCAAGGGAGAAUACCACCUCUUGAUUCAGAGAACUGAAAUGCAGGACGACGCCUUCUUUGAGUGCCAGGCCAUCCAGGCAGCUAUCAGAACACGCCCCGCCCGACUGACUGUGCUCGUUCCCCCUGAUGACCCUGUGAUUGUUGGGGCACCCGUGGUGAGCCUAAGGGCCGGCGACCCUCUCAACCUGACGUGCCACGCCGACAAUGCCAAGCCUGCUGCCUCCAUCAUCUGGAUUCGCAACGGGCAGGUCCUGAAUGGCGCCAUGUUCUCUAAGACACUGUUGCGGGAUGAGCGAAGGGAGAGUACAGUCAGCUCACUCUACCUCUCUGCCUCCAACAUCGAGACAGGCCAACAAAUCACCUGUCGGGCCUCAAACAAGGCCUUGCCCAAUGGGAAAGAUGCCAUUGUCACCAUCGACAUCCAACACCUGCCCCUGGUCAACCUAUCUGUUGAGCCCCAGCCCAUACUGGAGGGCAAUCUGGUAAAGUUUCACUGCUCUGCCAAAGCUAACCCACCAGUCAUCCACUACAGAUGGGCCAAAGGGGGCAGCGUCAUCAGACAGGUGUCAGGUGACACCUAUGAGGUCAUCGUGGACCACUCGUUCUUCACAGAGCCCGUCUCCUGUGAGGUCACCAAUGCGCUGGGCAGCACCAACAUCAGCAGGAACGUGGAUGUCUACUAUGGGCCCAGAAUGGCUGCUGAGCCACAGUCCCUACAGGUUGACCAGGGAUCAGAUGCUAUCUUCAACUGUGCCUGGACAGGAAACCCCUCCCUCACCAUUGUGUGGAUGAAACGUGGCUCUGGAGUGGUGCUUAGCAAUGACAACAUCCUGACGCUCAAGGCGGUGAGGCAGGAUGAUGCUGGGAAGUACGUAUGCCGGGCGGUGGUCCCCCGAGUUGGAGCUGGAGAAAAGGAAGUGUCCCUCACUGUGAAUGGUCCUCCCACUAUCUCCAGCACCCAGACCCAGCAAGCCCUCUAUGGGGAGAAGGGGCAGAUCAAGUGUUUCAUCCGCAGCACUCCUCCUCCCGACCGCAUUGCCUGGUCGUGGAAGGAGACAGUCUUGGAGUCAGGGACGUCUGGCCGAUACACCGUGGAGACGGUGAGCACCGAGGAGGGGGUGAUCUCCACCCUCACCAUGAGUAACAUCGUCCCUGCUGACUUCCAGACCAUCUACAACUGCACUGCCUGGAACAGCUUUGGGUCCGACACAGAGAUCAUUACACUGAAGGAACAAGAGUCCCUCCGAUUGGCUGUAAUCAUAGGAGUGGCUGUGGGAGCCUUCCUUGCCCUCAUUGUUCUCAUGGGCACAUUGGGUGCCUUCUGCUGUGCUCGCUUCCAGAGGAAAGAUGUUCACCUCGUCAUGUCCUCCCUACCCGUCUCCAUUGCCUCUUGCCAGAGAGACCUUGCAGGCAAAAUGAAAACCGAGAAUCUCAAAGGAGUGGCUUCGGCAAAAAACGACAUCCGGGUGGAGAUUGUUCACAAGGAUCACAACGCAGCUCGGGAAACAGAGGAGCAUACAGCCAUCAAGCAGAUAAUGAUUGAGCGUGGGGAGUUCCAGGCGCAGGAGUCUGUGCUGAAGCAGCUGGAGGUCCUACAAGAGGAAGAGAAGGAGUUCCAGCACAUUAAGGAUCCAACCAAUGGCUAUUACAGUGUCAAUACCUUCAAGGAGCACCAUGGCACCCCGACUAUGUCAAUGACCGCCAACCAGACCAGCGGCGCUGAGGUCAGGAACCCUUUGGCUUCUUCUUCAUCCACCAUGGGAAAGCAGCGUGUGCCUACGGGCAUGUCCUUCACAAACAUCUACAACACGCUAGGUGCUGGGCCCAACCGCCUGUACGACUACAGCCAGCGCUUCGUGCUUGGCAUGGGCAGCAGCUCUAUCGAGUUGUGCGAGCGCGAGUUCCAGCGAGGCUCACUUAGUGACUCCAACUCCUUCAUCGACACGCAGUGUGACAGCAGCGUGAGCAGCUACAGCAAGCAGGACGGCUACGUGCAGUUUGACAAGGACAGCAAGGCCUCGGCAGCCUCCUCAUCUUCCCACUACUCGCAGUCGUCCUCGCAGAACUCAGACCAGACUCGGCCGCUGCAGAAACGCAUGCAGACCCAUGUGUAAUGGCAGAAGGAGCAAUGGCUGGGGGUGGGUUCGGACGGGUUGGGUCGAGGAUAGCACCUUUAGACACUUUAAGGAACACUGUCUGACUGGUAUACAGUGCUAUUUUUUGUUUGGUUUGUACUCUGGUCCACCCGAGGGAGAUGAUGCAGUAUUCCACCUUUGGCAGACGGUGGGCAACUGCGGUGUCCAUAUUAGGACAGCCUGAAAUCCUGCUGAGACUGAGGCUGUCAUAAUAUGGACAUUGUACGUACAACUCUUUUUACAUGUUACUUGGAUUACAUGUGGUACACUCUAUUCCCCUUGAAACAAGCUUUUCAAACAAAAAAGAUCAUAACCUUGAGAGCUACAAUUGGUGGAAAAAAAGAUGACAAUCAGAAGUCCACUUCCUAAAUGAAAAAUGCUCUGCUGUUGUCCCCUAUUCUGUUUCAGCUAGUGGACUGCCUCAAAAUGCACAGCUGUAGGUAUUAUUCACACGUCUGUGUCGAUAAGUUCCAGAAUUGUUUAAAAGUUUAUUUUCAUUAUGGAGGAAGACAAACUCUUGGGCCUAUGUUCAGCUGCCCGGUUGGGGUUUGAAGCACAAAGGGGUAUUGUUAAAAACCACCCGAGGCAUUUCUUGUACGUGCAAAAAAAAUAUCCUUCGAUGGAUAAUGAAACCUCUGAGGAAAUAUGGUGUUAGCGGCAGGCAAUGUAAUAAAGACGAACACUUUGCCAAUUGGCUGACCUGCAGGUCUAAUAGCCCGACACCUGGACAACUUUAAUUCUCAACGGAUUAUAGAUUUUGUCCCUUUUGGUUAUCUAGGUAAAUUCUAUAUUUUGCUCCUUUAUUUUGGAUUUAUGGUGAUAUUUUUGCCUUUUUGAUGUAUGCCUUGUGAAAGUUCAUUACUGAGUCACAGAUCAUAGAUAAAUGCAUGGAGAAGUGGAUGUGUCAUACUGUUGUACUACUUCACUUGAGCUGACUUUUCAAUUGCUUUGUUCACUCACAAACCAUCAGUUCCUGGAACCGUUUUUCUUCUUCUGAAAGGACAGUGUCAUAUUUACACAUCAGAGAAAGGGUCAAGGACCUUAUCAUCUGUACUUUUCCAUUCAAUGUGAGACACUUGCAGCCUGAUCUUAUAUGUGUGAGCAGAUAGCUGUGGAGCCAAAUACAAUGUCAUCUCUGCCGGAGCUGUUCUAAUAUUUGUGGCUUGCCAUACUUAGCUGAUAUCGUGUUGUUUACACUGGAGCUCUGUAAAUCCAGCAUUUUUGUGUACUGUGAUUUGACCACUAAAUGACGGCGAUGAAGAUAAAGUAACUUUUUUCUGUCUGUUGCCUCUGUGGUUACAAUGACUUGGUGCCCACUGUUUUAAGUUGUCUCUCAAAUGGUACUACUCAGUUUGAAGUGACAAUUAGGUGGUUCUGUUCAAGAGUAAAUACUGAAGGUGGUUAGCAAACAAUAUAAUUAAUAUUUACUACAGUAGGCCCUAAAACAUAGGAACUCGUUGAGAAUGUAGGUCGUUUGGAACAUAAAUGUCUGUAACUUUGAAUUCCGCUUUAUAGAAAAAUAAUGAUUGCAUAUUUACAUGUGUUUUACUUUUACAUAUCCCAGUUUGAUAUUGUCAGUUCGGUUGAUCAAUCAGUCUGUAACACUGGGGUUUGUGUCUGAGGUCCUACUGUAAUAGGACUUCAUUAAAUAAUUAAUUAAAUAAUAAUUGAUCAAUAUAACAAUA